UUGUGAAAAAUAAUGUAAGAUCAAGGCAAUUCUAUUCGACUUUGCAAAUCGAUAAGAAGAGGAUGGGUGAAAACAACAAAAAGGCACUGGGGGUGGUUGUCGGCUCAUUUAUUUUGGUUAUUAGUGUGUUAGCUUUGCUUGGAUUUGUCUUGUGGAACAAAAGUAGUAAUAAAGCAGCAAAAAAAGAAGAUGAGCUUGCUAUUGAAUUAUCCGGGGACAAUGAAUUCGAGGUAGGUACCGGACCAAAGAAGUUUUCAUAUGGUGAAUUAAUUCGCGCAACAAACUACUUUGCGGAGGAACAAAAGCUUGGAGAGGGAGGAUUUGGUGGGAUUUAUAGAGGUUUCUUGAGGGAAUCCAACCUCCACGUCGCUGUGAAGAGAAUAUCUAAGGAAUCAAAACAAGGAAUAAAGGAGUACUUAUCAAAAGUGAAGAUCAUUAGUCGGUUGAGGCAUAGAAAUUUGGUCCAACUACUUGGUUGGUGUCAUGAAAAAAGAGAAUUCUUACUUGUUUAUGAGGUCAUGGAAUAUGGAAGCUUAGAUUAUCAUCUCUUCAAAAAAAAAAGUUUCUUGACAUGGGCAAUAAGAUACAAAAUUGCUAAAGGCUUGGCCUCAGCAUUGCUCUAUCUACACGAAGAAUGUGAACAAUGUAUAGUGCACAGAGAUAUAAAAUCAAGCAAUGUCAGGUUGGAUUCAAAUUUCAAUCCUAAACUUGGGGAUUUUGGAUUAGCCAGGCUUGUUGACCACGAUAAAGGGUCACAAACAACAAUUUUGGCAGGAACAAUAGGUUACAUGGCACCAGAAUGCCUAGUUACAGGCAAAGCCAAUAAGGAAUCAGACGUCUUUAGUUUUGGAGUUGUGGCACUGGAAAUAGCAUGUGGAAGAAAACCCAUUAGCUUGAAGGUCCCAAAGAGUCAGAUGAGAAUGAUAGACUGGGUUUGGGACCUCUAUGGUACUAGUAGGCUUCUUGAGGCGUUAGAUUCGAAGAUAUGUGCUGAUUUCGUUCAAGAAGAAGUGGAAUGCUUGAUGAUUGUUGGGCUUUGGUGUGCUCACCCAGAUCACAAUCUCCGACCUUCAAUUAGGCAAGCAAUUCAUGUGCUUAAUUUUGAAGCUCCAUUGCCCAUUCUCCCUACCAAAAUGCCUGUGCCAACAUACUUUGCUCCUUCGAUGACUAGUUCUUCAUCUUUGGCUGCUUUAACAAAUGGCUCCACCGCAACUUCUGAUCCAUCUGCAUCGUAUUUGUAUACAUCAUCAAUAAGUUGAUUCAUAUAGUUUCUAGUACAAUAUUUUAAUGUAUUCGAGUUGAGUACUAGCAUAUUUUAAUGUUU